UAAUGUUGUCGUGCGUUCUGGUACAUUUUCAGUGUUGAGUGUGAGGGCUUGGCAAACUCGCGCCUCCCUGCCUUGCUCGCGGAUUUACACGUGUGAACCAAUCUGCUAUACGAUCGCAACUAAUUGGUGAAAAGAUGUGGCCAAAGGCGAUACUUUCGUUCGCCUGCCUAGCAGUGGCGAGCGCGUCGCUGGAAACUGUCAAUCAAUGGAAUUUCCUACAAUUCGACUUCCCACCAGACCCAGUGCUGUUGGAGAAGUUUCAGCCCGAGAACACCGUGCCUACGGGCUUAGAAAUCGGAUGGGACAGAUUAUAUUUGGGCAUCCCUCGUCUCCGCGCUGGAGUUCCCGCCACGCUCGCGUGGGUGCCGCGGUCCCUCCCGCCCGGCGUCAGCCCAGUUCUUCAGGCCUACCCAGACUGGUCAUGGCACACAGCUGGCAGAGGCGACAUCAACUGCACAGGACUGAUUUCCGUGUACCGAGUGAGAGCUGACCGUUGCAACAGAUUGUGGGUGUUGGACGCUGGUGUAUUGACCAGUAUUGACGACUUCAGAAGAGUAUGCCCACCGAAGAUCCUUGUAUUCGACAUGGCUACUGAUCGUUUGGUAAGAAGCAUUUACUUCCCCCGUGAGCUACUCCGACCCGCGUCCUUGCUCACCAACAUUGUCCUGGACGACACACGCUCAUCCAGCGCCCACCACGCUGCCAACUGUGACAACGUCUUCGCUUACAUUAGUGACACCGUCGCUCCAGGUAUCAUUGUGUACGACGGUCGUCGUGACAACGCGUGGCGAGUGACCCACGCGUCCAUGUACCCGGACCCUGACCUUGGGGAAUAUGACAUCGGUGGUGAUAAGUUCACUCUCAUGGACGGUGUCGUCGGUUUGACCCAUUCACCAGCUCAAGGUCUUUUGUACUACCAGCCGUUGGCGACUGACAGAUUAUUCAGCGUAUCAACAGCCGUAUUAGCAUCAGGCCCCCCAGCAGAGGGAGCCGACUUGCCCGUGAACCUGGUUGGCCGCAAGUCCUCUCAGGGUCUCGGUAUCGCUGUCGACCCGCGCGAUGACACCAUCAUCUUUAGUACUAUGACUGAAACCGCUGUGGCGGCGUGGAACCCUAUUACUAACUCUCACAGAUUGCUAGCUCAAGACGCAGAAAAGCUGCAGUUCUGCGCCGAAGUGCGAUGGGCCGAAAGAGACAAUGGCGCCAUCUGGGUCUUGUCCACAAGAUUCCACAAAUUCUUCAAGAGAAGUGUCUCCAAACAUGAGAUUAACCUCCGAAUAAUGCGAGUGGUAGAAGGAGGGUAUGGCGGCUAUGUCUCUCUGCAACCACAUUUACAGAGAAGAUCAACUGCUAACAUCACAGCGAACUUUUGAACAUAUAACAUAAACGCCUCGGAGCCAUAUUAAUAAAAAAUGUAAUAGUAAAUUUAUUUUAAAUAUAUUUUGGAAUUUUGAAAUAUCAGUGCUCUAGAAAAAUUAUUAAUCAAAUAUUGCUGACAUUUAUACACUUUUAAAAAUCAAUUCAAUGUAUUAUACUCGCUCUUCGUAUCAUUUAGAGUUUAGACAAUAAGCUCUACUUUUUUCUAUUCAAAUAAUAAUUAAACUCAUAUAUAGAAAGGCUAUUUUAACAUAACUUCACAACUAAAAAUUAUCAUUAUUUAAUUGUAUUUUAUUUAACUUCCUAAUGUGCAAUUUUGUGUGUACUUAUAUAUUUUAUAAUAAGCUCAUUUUAUUUUAAGUAAAUUAUACUUUUUGUAUGUAUGUUUGCGUGUCUGCAUUCUAAAAGAUGUAAUAAACUAUAAACAUUUUAACAAAAUUGAAACGAAGCCAGUUUUGAAGUCAUAUUCUAGAAAUAAUUGUAUUAUGUUACGUGUGUAAUAAUAAUUUAUAUUGAUUAAUCAUUAAACUAUUAUACCUUCAGUCAUAAAGGUCUUCUCUAAUAUGCUUAGGCUCUAGUCUUUACGGAAUUAAUUUUGCCCAUAUGUUUUGGUAUAAUCGACUAGGUUAGUCGACAAAAAGUUUUAUUGUAAAGUAAUUUUAUAUAAUUCAAAUAAAUAAAGAUAAAUUUAAACGAUGGCCAUUACACACCGAAAAUAGUAACUCAUAGCAGUAAUAUUAUGUGUUUUAAUUAUACAAAGUAGGAAUGGUGUUAAUUUAAAAAAAUAGAUUGUACAAUAACCAAAUUUCCUAUCUACAGUUACCGUAUGUAAUUACCAAAACAUUUAAUUUAGAAUAAUGAGUAGACUUUGAAGGAUGCAUGAAUAUUGAAUAUAUUGUAUGUAAAUGUAAUAUAUGACACAAAAAUAUGUUCCACACUAUACGUAUGUGUUAACACAGAAGCUUAGGAUAAAGUUAUUCACUUUACCGAUUUUGUAUUUUUAUACAAUAAAAAUUGAGGAAUACUAUAAA